GAGAAAACUCACCUAACUCCAAAACCCAUCUAUUCAAAUGCAUUUUUGUUACGCACCCAAAUAUUCUCCAUUUCUUCUUCUUCUUCUCUUUCUCUGUUUCUAAUGGAAGCUCAACUGUUAAGACUUUCAUCUACUCCCAUAACAACCCCUCUUAUUACUAACUAUUCAAGAAACAAUACCCUUUUACCCCAUCAAAAGUUUCUUAAGUUUCACUUGUCAAAUUCAGGUACCAUUAAGCAUGGCAUUCGACCCAUUCAAGCUUUUUCAGCUUCUCUUGGGGAAAUGAAGAGAAUAGAUGAGACAGAAAGUUACACUCUCGAUGGUAUAAGGAACUCUUUAAUUCGACAAGAAGAUAGCAUAAUAUUCAGCCUUGUGGAGAGAGCUCAGUACUGUUUCAAUGCGGAGACAUAUGAUCCUGAUGUUUUUGUGAUGGACGGGUUCCAUGGCUCUUUGGUUGAGUAUAUUGUCAAAGAAACUGAAAAGCUUCAUGCGAAGGUUGGAAGAUAUACAAGCCCUGAUGAGCACCCGUUCUUCCCAAAAACAUUACCUGAGCCAAUGUUGCCACCCAUGCAGUAUCCAAAGGUUCUGCACUCAGCUGCUGAUUCAAUAAAUAUCAAUGUCACAAUAUGGGAAAUGUACUUCAAGAAACUCCUCCCAAGAUUAGUGAAGGAAGGCAAUGAUGGUAAUUCUGGAUCUACAGCAGUAUGUGAUACCAUUUGCUUGCAGGCCUUGUCAAAGAGAAUUCAUUACGGAAAAUUUGUUGCCGAAGCAAAAUUUCGAGCUUCACCAGAUGUCUAUAAGGCUGCUAUAAAAGCACAGGACCGAGACGGUUUGAUGGAUUUACUAACCUACCCUACAGUUGAAGAGGCUAUAAAAAACAGAGUAGAAAUGAAAACCAAAACUUAUGGACAGGAACUGAACAAUGGACCGGAACAUGUAGGAGAUCCCGUGUACAAAAUCAAACCAUCCCUAGUUGCUGAAUUGUAUGGGGACUGGAUCAUGCCAUUGACAAAGGAUGUUCAAGUUGAGUAUCUUCUGAGAAGACUGGAUUAGGGGCAGAAAAACAUCUGAUGGAAUACAGGAGCAUUGAGUUGUAUCAUACUGUUCCACCAGAUGCCUAUAAAUAUAUGAUGGACAAAGUUUCUUAUAGUGAUUUCUGGCAUUGUAAAUGAACAUGGAGGUGUUGAAGAACUAAACAGCGAUUCUUCUCCUGAGAAUGUACCGAUAAAAAACUGUUGUAAUUUAUGAUUUUUAGUCCUUGAGAAUGUAAAAGAGGGAUAUGUCUUUGAAUAAUCAACAUUAUAAGCUGGUCUUUUCCAAUGAA